AUGCAAAGUUUGAUCAACCUAAGCAGCCUCUACAUCUCUCACAGCAAAAUACACAUAUCUGCAGACAUUUGCAGCCGUUCUGGAAGACAGUUCGAGUUAUUAAUUGCAGAAGUUGUCAAAUUUUGCCUCGCAUCAAAUAUGAAGACUUCAUUUCAGAAACAAGUUAUUGGAAUUCCAAUCAGAUCAGCAGCACAUUCAGUUCAGAAGAUGCCAAGACUGUUAGUUGAACAUGAGAAGCAGCACUAUAUUCCAACUCCUGCAAAUAAAUCUCUCACAUGCAAACAAAAUAAAACAGAUUCAAUGAUGAAAAGGAUGGAGAAGAUAGGGAAAAAAGCCCAAUUUGCUCAUGGAAUCGGAGAGCAUGGUGAGUUAUUGAAAAGUUGA